GUGUAAUACCAUUCGAAGAUGCUGCAUCUUUAAAGAGACUGAACAAGACUUCGCCUUCUCAGAAAUAAUGCAUAAUCGUCAAAAGAAAGUUAUAUUUUCUGCUGGCGGGGUAUUUAGUUUCGCUUGCGUGUUGAUUGUUGCGACGGCCAUGGGGACGCGUUUCUGGGUUAAAGCAACUGUUCUGUGCACAACAGGCGCUCAGCUGGUCAAUGCAACAGGACCUGAGCUGGACAAAUUCAUCGGGAGUGUAAAUUAUGGACUCUUCCAAGGACAGAGGUUGAAACAAUGUGGACUGGGUGGACGACCAUUUUCCUUCUCUUUUUUUCCUGACCUGGUGGAUGUGAUCCCCGUUAGCCUCCAUGGGAGUGUGCUCUUCUUCUGUGCAGUGCUCAUCCUCUUCUCUUCUCUAUGUUCUGCUUUUUUCAUGUACAAUGCCUUUGGUAGUCCAUAUGAAACCCUGCAUGGACCUCUGGGCCUAUACAUGUGGAACAUGAGCAGCAGGUUUGCUGAUGUAUACUUCUGCAGGAUGAAACCAAUGAACACCACUGCCUGUCUGGUCACUGGAGGUGGUUUUCCCCCCUCAAACCUAGUUAAUGUGCUUGGUACAGUUGUCCUCUUCUAGGCAUGUUCACAUGGAUUCAGUUAUUUAAAACUUUGUGAUUAUCAUCCUAACAUUGAAAAUGGGUCUGAAGUUAUUUUUAGUAAUUUUAAUUUCAUUGGUUAUGACACUCAUCAGCCUUUGUCGUUUUAUUUGUUUAUUAUCUGAUACAGAAAACAUUUGGUCACCUUAUUUAUAUUUCACUGGAACAGAAGUUUAUGGUAAAUUCAUGCUAAUAUUCAGUGUCUUUGGGUUCUUGAAAAGCACUAUAUGCAUCUCAUGUAUGAUUAUUAUUAUUCAUACAAUUGGCAAAUAUGUCAGUUACACUUUGUUAAUUUCUAGAGGUGCUAAUUGUGCGAUGCAUAGUGCUAAUGCACCUUUUCCCAGAAAUAUCACAUUUUCAGUGUAAGAUCAAGCUGGUAAAUAACAUGCUUUUUAAAAGCCCUUUAUUGAUCUUUUUCACCAAACACUGAAUGUGUAUGAUAAGUGACUAUUACACUCGUUGAAUACAUUUAACACUUGUUGCUUCUUAGUUUUGAGGUUAAAGGUUUGCCUUGAAUUUAAUAGAUGACUCACUGCCUGUGGGUGUGGCCAAGAGCCAACAAAUAGCGUUGACAGAUUGCAUGCAUGCUGUAUCGAUAUGGGCAACACCAUUUCCUACUAGUGUUCCCUGAGUUAUUGUUCUCUGGGCCCAUAUUUGUGCAACAGAUCGCCAAGAAGGGGAGUUUUGCAAUCUGUCACUAGCUCUUCCACCAAAUGUUUCUUAUGCCCAUUUUAGACCUUAUAUAUUUAUGCAAUAACAUCUAAACUGCAUCUCAUCUCGGUUAUACUUUAAUCUUUAUUAGAUAAAUUUGAUCCAUUACUAAGAAUGAUUCUCUACCUCCUAGAGAGUGUUAGGGUAACCCAAUUCUAGAGGCAGCAAAGUUAUAAGGCCUUUGAAAUUGUAAUCAUUGCUGACUAUUUUGUACUGUUUGGCUAGCAAGAUAGCUAGUUUCAUAGUGAACAGUAAGUUACCUUUGCUGAUUUUUGUUCAGAGUGCAGGUGGGUUGCAUUUAAAGAGUUUAAUAUGUAAAACUACAGGUUAAAGAUGGCAGCAUUUUAAAAAGGAGAUGGGAAAUCUCAAAUGUGUCACUCUUAUGAAUAAUCUCUUUAAUCCUUUUACGGGAUCCUUCAGUUCCACUUCAAUUAAAACCUUGGAUACAUCAGGUUUAUGAACACACAGCUUUCAGGAGAGUUUAUAUUUUAGAAUAAAAUGAGUAGGGUUUUUGUUUCCCAGUUAGCAGUCAGUCCUUUCCUUGUCAUUGAUACGCUUGUUAACUAUUUUUAUUGUUAUGGUUGUUAAAUAAAGAGCAUUUCU